UCCUGGGCGGGGCCUCGAGGCCGGUUUGGAAUUUUUGGCGCGAGCUGGGUCCGCGCGCGUUCACGGGCCGUUCCCCCUCGAGAGUCCCCCCCACCCGGGUGUGGGGAGCGGUGGGCCGAAGACCCCGGCCCGCCUGACCGCCCCGAGGGCUCCCGCGCCUUCCGCCGACCCGGAAUCUGGGACUUUGCUGAGCUGCGCCCCGCCCACCCGCCUCAGGUGCUCAAGGUGCCGCGGCCUCCAUGCCUAAAGCGGAGCGUGUGUGUGGUGUCGAUGCAGCUGUCUUCUGCAGCCUCUUUGGGGCCACAGGACCAAGCGCCAUUUGAGUGACACUCUGUACUCUGCUCCCGGGCUGCCUGUGCUGGACAUGCUCAUGCCCGCCGAGGGCACCCCGCCACCCCUGGGUGGCACUCCUGUCCCAGUCCCAGCCUACUUCCGCCAUGCAGAGCCUGGCUUCUCCCUCAAGAGGCCCAGGGGGCUCAGUCGGAGCCUCCCGCCCCGGCCCCCUGCCAAGGGCAGCAUCCCUGUCAGCCGCCUCUUCCCUCCUCGGACCCCAGGCUGGCAUCAGCCCCACGCCCGGCGGGUGUCGUUCCGGGACCAGGCCUCCGAGCCCCUGCAGAGCCCCGGGUAUGAUCCAAGUCGACCGGAGUCGUUCUUCCAGCAGAGUUUCCACAGGCUCGGCCGCCUGGGCCACGGCUCUUAUGGGGAGGUCUUCAAGGUGCGCUCCAAGGAGGACGGCCGGCUGUACGCAGUGAAGCGCUCUAUGUCGCCGUUCCGAGGCCCCAAGGACCGGACCCGCAAGCUGGCCGAGGUGGGCGGCCACGAGAAGGUGGGGCAGCACCCGCGCUGUGUGCGGUUGGAACAAGCCUGGGAGGAGGGCGGCAUCCUAUACCUACAGACGGAGCUGUGUGGGCCCAGCCUGCAGCAGCACUGCGAGGCCUGGGGCGCCGGCCUGCCCGAGGCUCAGGUCUGGGGCUAUCUGCGGGACACCCUGCUGGCCCUGGCCCACCUGCACGGCCAGGGCCUGGUCCACCUGGAUGUCAAGCCUGCCAACAUCUUCCUGGGGCCCCGGGGCCGCUGCAAGCUGGGUGACUUCGGGCUGCUGGUCGAGCUGGGCGCGUCAGGAGCUAGCGAGGCCCAGGAGGGAGACCCCCGCUACAUGGCCCCCGAGUUGCUCCAGGGCUCUUACGGGACAGCGGCAGACGUGUUCAGCCUGGGCCUCACCAUCCUGGAGGUGGCGUGCAACAUGGAACUGCCCCGCGGUGGGGAGGGCUGGCAGCGGCUGCGUCAGGGCUACCUGCCCCCUGAGUUCACCGCUGGCCUGUCCUCUGAGCUGCGUUCCGUUCUCGUCACGAUGCUGGAGCCUGACCCCAACCUGCGGGCCACCGCUGAGGCCCUGCUGGCCCUGCCCGUGCUCAGGCAGCCACGGCCCUGGAGCGUCCUGUGGUUCAUGGCCGCCGAGGCCCUCAGUCGAGGCUGGGCCCUGUGGCAGGCCCUGCUCUCCCUGCUCUGCUGGCUCUGGCACGGGCUGGCUCACCCCGCCAGCUGGCUGCAGCCCCCGGGUCCGCCGGCCACCCCACCCGGGUCGCCGCCCUGCAGCCUUCUCCUGGACCGCAGCCUCUCCAGCACCUGGGGCGACGACAGCAUAGGGUGGGCCCUCACUGUCUCCAGAGGCCAUCCUGGCCAGGGCUGCCGGCAGCACCUCCACCCCCCGCAGUGGCUCCCCUGCCCCCCGGAGCAGGCACCCACCGAGGGAUGCUCUGGACCUGAGUGACAUUGACUCAGAGCCCCCUCGGGGCACCUUCCCUGCCUUUGAACCUCGGAACCUCCUCAGCCUGUUUGAGGACUCCCUGGGCCCAAGCUAAGCCCACAGGCCCAGGCUCAGCGCUUUUAACCUCUUAGCCCCUCCCUUCCAUCCUCCUGGAGGCUGGGGUCCCUGUGUGGACUCCAGUGGUCCCUUCUGCCUGGCUGUGUCUAAUAAAAGGUAUUUGAAUCUUGGGGCGCACCCAAGCUUGCUUGUGUGGCAA